AUGAAAGAAGAAACAUUAAUGAACGUAAUCAGUGAUGAAAGAUUGUUAACCCCUUGGCAAGAUACAUUUAUUAUUGCCGAAGCAAUUAAAGAAAAUAGCUUGGACGAAGGAAUAUUGAAAGCAAUUCAACAGCAAGAGGAGAAAGCGGAUUAUAUAGAAAGCGAGGAUGAGGAAGAAAGCGAAAAGAAUGAAGUAAAAAAUACUGAAAAUAAGAACAAAAAAACUCAUGCUGAAAUGAAAAUAAUUAAUAGGUUGUAUAAGAAACAGCAACCAGUUAUUGAUAAGUAUGAUAACGAUAAAUAUAGAUGGGAUGUCUACGGAACUCAUGGUAGUAGCGAGCAUAAAGAAAAUUGA